AUAAACCUUAACUGUAAUAUAAAAAUGAGAAGUUUUAUUCGAAAAUUAUUUUUAACCUUUAAGAUUAGAUUUUAUCUAAUCUUAAAUCUUUAUCUAACGAGUAACGUGUGUGAUUUAACGGAGUGUGAUAUAAAUUUCAUAAUAAAUUGCAUAACGAACAUUGCGUAACAUACUUCGCAUACACGAUAAUUUCUCUUAUCCUGUUAUGAUCAUUAUUGCAGUGUACUCUGUACCGUCUGCAUGUGGGAAGUUCAGUUGCUUCUGCGCAGUUGUGUUUUAUAACUCGUUUGAGAGAGCUUUUUGAACGUUAAACUUUUAGUAUUGUUAGUUCAGUCCUCGAGAGCAGAAAUGGCUGUCACGCUUGUGUUCUUGAGCCUCAUAGCUCUGGUGAUUUGCUAUCUCUUCCUGACAAAAAAUUAUAAAUACUGGCAGAAACGUGGAAUAUCUUGCCCGGACGGCGUCGUGCCUGGUUUCGGUCACUUCUGGCCAAUUAUCACACAGAAGACAAAUAUCUCCGAGUUUUGUCGCGAGUUAUACAAUGCUAAUCGAAAUCACAGCCUGGUGGGAUUCUACAACUGUAUGACACCUACGUUGAUGGUCCGCGAUCCUGAGUUGGUGAAGACCGUGCUUGCGACGAGCUUUACGAAUUUCCACGAGAAUGGCUUCAAGAUCGAUCCCGAUUUGGAUCCACUUCUGGCGAGCAAUCCCUUCUUCGUCUACGGUGACACGUGGGUGACCGCGAGAAAGCGCUUGACCUACGCGUUCUCCAGCGCGCGACUGAAAUUUCUACUCGAGAGCGUUCAGCAAGUGUGCACGACGUUCGACAACUACCUGGAUAGGAAGCUUAAAAAAACCGGGAAAAUAGAGCUGGAACUAAAGAACUUAUUCUCCAGAUUCACCGCGCAGGUAGUAUCUGGCGCUGGGUUUGGCGUGGAUGGAUUUUGCUUCGACGAUGACAAAGAGAAGGAGUCUUUUUAUACGAUGGGCAAGUCCUUCCUCGAGCCGACUGUUUGGAACAACCUUGUCUUCACUAUUACGUUCUUCUUCCCAAUGCUUAGCAAAAUUUUGAGAGCGAGAUUCUUACCGAAAAAGGCUGACAAUUUCUUUAGAAAUCUGGUUGCGGACGUUAUGGAGCAAAGAAGAAAGGAAACGACACCUAGAAACGACUUUCUCCAGCUGAUGGCCAAUUUAGAACGGACGGAGGGUGAUACGUUUGACCUAGAUGUUCUCGCGUCCCACGCGUUGUCAUUCUUCGUCGACGGCUACGAGACUUCCAGUAUCGUUUUAAACUUCAUCGGCUUCAAUUUGGCCACUCAUCCAAAAGUGCAGGAGAAAUUACGCAAGGAAGUGAUGUCGGUGCUUAACAAACACGAUGGUGUAAUCGCAUACGAAGCCUUGAAAGAAAUGACGUACAUGGAUCAGGUGAUAAAUGAAUCGCAGAGGAUCAUACCCGCAUUAGGAUUCCUGAACAAGCUUUGCACAAAGGAUACCGAGUUGAAAGGUUCCGACGGACUUGUCUGCCGCGUGGAACGUGGAACGCCCAUCAUAAUACCCGUUAGCGGCCUGCAUGCAGACCCACAAUUAUGGGAGAAUCCCGAAAAGUUCGAUCCCGAUAGAUUCGGCCCAGACAGAAAGAACAGUAUCGAGAAAUUUUCCUUUCUUCCGUUCGGCGAAGGACCGCGAAUGUGCGUGGGAAUGAGAAUGGGUCUGCUGCAGAUAAAAGCGUGUCUGGCUACGUUUCUGAGGAAAUACAGCUUAGAGCUUUCCCCAAAGACAAAAUUGCCAUUAAAGCUGACAGCUUCGUCUUUCCUUCCCGCUGUAGAGGGUGGCGUUUGGGCCUUUGUGCGGCCGAUUUAAUUGAAUAGGAGAUUUUUUUUUCAUCUAUUCUUUUUUUU